AUGGUAGACCGUAUGGCGGUACAGCAGUAUAUAGCAAGAUACAUGCAAUUUGCUGAGGGAUACCCUUAUAGUCGCAAUAUCGAUGGCAUCGAGUUUACUGUGGUUAAACUUGCCACCAAACAAGAGCUGACAAUAAUAGGAGUCUAUCGUUCGCCAAGAAUUCCUGUUGCUCGUCUCUAUUGUGCAUUAAUUGAUAUUAUUGCCCAAGAUACUUCCGAGCAAAACAUAAUAAUUGGAGACUUCAAUAUUAAUUGA